AUGGCAAACACGCUGAGCGGCUCAGGGCCAAGCAUGGGCACGGGUGUUGCCCUCAAUGCCGAGGCUGUGCUGGCCAAGACCAGAGCAGAUGAACUUGAGGCCGUCAAACACCUCAACUGCUGGGGCAGCAAGAUCACUAGUAUUGCGUUGCUACGCCACAUGCCUGCCGUUGAGGUCGUGAGCUUGAGCCAAAUACUGGCCUUUGACACUCAUGGCCUCAUCGCUUUCCUUGGUAUCAAUCCGUGCCUCGCCAUGCGCAGCGUCAAUGCCAUUCAGUCGCUUCGACCUCUUCAGUCCUGCACCCAGCUUCAGGAGCUUUAUCUGCGCAAGAACCAGAUUGCAGACCUCCGCGAAAUCCUUUACCUCAAAGACUUGCCGCAGUUGACCGUGUUGUGGAUGUCUGACAACCCCGUGGCAGAGCAAGAGGACUAUCGGGCCACAGUCAUCAAGUAUUUGCCCCACUUGACCAAGCUUGAUAAUCUAGACAUUACGCCCACGGAGCGGGAAGAGGCCAACAAGACGGGACGUGAGCUCGUCCCUUUUACGGCCGAAGAGGAGAGCCAAGCCUCGGAAGAUGAUGCCUCGCUGUCGGACAACGGUGCUACUUUGACUGCGCGUGAGGAUGCCGUUGUAAAGGCCAUCGAUCAACUGUGCUCCACUCUGUCGGCCGCUGCCCUUCAACGCGUAGCAGCUACUGUUAACAGCUGGCAACAGGCCCCCUGA